ACAUAUCGCAACGGGUAGCAUUUACAUUUUUACGGCUCCGUCCAUUAAGGAUGACUAUUUCACUAUCCUAUUCAUUAUCCAUUCUCAAGACACACGGAGCAAUAAUUUGAAAUUCCACAAUCAUCUCCCUUCACGUAAUGUGUGGAAUCGUCCGUACAACGGACGUUUGGUAACCAUGCGCUCGCGAACACGCAAGCCUUCCAAAACGCCAGGACCUCUGUUGGUUAGACGGUAGUCAUAAGGAUACUCACCCGCGAACUUGCCGCCACAAUGCAAUGGGGUUCACAGUUGCUAGCGAAAGCCGAAUCCAAUCAGUUUGUUUAGUUUACUUUUACCGGUCGGUUCAUUACGGCACAAUAAACGGCGUCGAGAAAUCGGUAGGCAAAGUGGAGUUAAUAUUUCACAGAAAGGAAAUGCCAACACCGAUGGGGACUUCCUUCCUUUCUGCGCGUAUUGUGAACUAGUUUAUGAGUUAUUCUACGGAAACAGAAUAUUCAAGAAGCUCUGGACUAAAGUGCUUCUACAAUAGCGUGAAUGUUCGUGUCACGUGCAGAAUUCCUCAGUUGAUAGUGUCGUUGCGAAGCAUGCUGAUUAUUGACUAUCGUCUCAUCAUUGGUUAACCUUCGACUAGGUCGUAUCCAAUCAAAUCCAUUUCGAUUAAUAAUUGCACCGCUAGGGUAUCAACCGAAUCAGUCGGCGCUUUGGAAGGUGAAACGGCCACACAGCGGGGGCCACGGGAAGCCCAUCAAAUGCGACCGAAGACGGCGACGAAGAAGAUUUGCCAGUCCGAAGCUGACGUGAUGAUAGACAACGACGACGAGGAUGACUACGAAGGAUACUUUCUUCGGCCCGCCAACGAGUACAACAUCAAGGAGAAAAUUAAGCUAGCGAAUCAGGAAUCCUUCGCAAUACCGACGCCUCCAUCACCGAAAUACUUAGCUGGAGAGCGUAGGGUUACCUUCAGGGCACAAUUGGUGGAUUACGAACCGGACGAAUACAGUGAGGGCGAAGCAGAGGAAAGCGAAUACCCGGUCACAAAUGGUGUCACACACGAAGGAUCGGAAUCAUCUCCAGAGAUAAACGAUCGUUCACAGAGCAAAAAUCAAUCCAGCGAUAUGGAUGAGGUAGACGAAGACAUAAUUGAAGAACUCAGCAUAAACGAUCCCCCCGAGGAUGAAAUCGAGUCCCGGGUGGAAACCGUGCAGGACGAAGAGGAACAGGAAGAGGAGGAAGAUGAAGAACAAGAACCAGAAGACGACGAAGAGCUAGAUGAUGAGGUAACGGAAUCCAGCCUGGACACGGAAAUUCACAACCCUGAAACGGCAAGCGAGGACAGUAGCAGUCCGACAAAGGCUCGCGCAAGUGAAGAGGGCUCUGGCUCAGGAGAUGGGCAGGAAAUCAAUUAUUCGGAAGACUCACAGAAUGACGAGGAUAAUUCGGAGGAGAGAGCUAUCCUAAAGGAACAGUUGAUGAGAGAAUCACUGUCGUACGAUAACGAGGGUGGCGACAACGAAGAUGAAACCCAAGAUCAAUACGAUGACGAUGAGGAGGACGAUGAUGGUAGGGACAGUCCUUUGCCGGCUCAUUUGGAGAAGAGAUCUGCCAAAUGCCAGCGAAAGUGUUGUCGCUUCAAGAAACACGUGAAUGAAAAACUACCUUAUUACAAUGGCUAUCAUUCGGAGUAUGGGUUGUCGAAGGCUGAACUGGACGCGAAGAAGAAACGAGUCGAGGCAAAGAAAAAGCGCUUUCAGGAGCGAUAUCAACGCAAAGUGGAGGAACAGCAAAUUAAAGCACAGACCAACGAGGAAGCAUUUGCAACCUGGUUGAAUAAAAAGCUGAAGAACUCCAUUAACAAAUAUCAAAACAUGUACGAUUUCAAGGGAAAGAAAAAUAGAAGAAGAUUCUCGAAGGAAACAACUUCUAUGACUGCUGUUGUAUGAUGUUU